AUGGUCAAGACGGAUAUUGAUCACAACCCCCUAGAUCCUAAUUACGAAAAGCGCCGUAGCUCUAUCGGAAACAUGGAGCACCAACAGCAAGACCAAUCCAAUAUCAGGAGUGAGGAUCUCAUGCUGGACAGUGAUGUCGCCCCAACUUCAGUUUCCCCACAGCCUGCGCAUCAGCAUGCCCCAGAAUAUCCACGUCGGUCUUCUUCGCAGGACGUAGAUCACAAUUCAUUCCUCUCUGAUAUAAGUACCGACCGUGGGCUGCAAGAGCACCCCGAACAACUCGACCAGUAA